GGGGCUGGCCCGUGGCGGAGUUGCGCCAAUAGGGGGUGCCCGCUCCCUGUCAAUCCGGGGCCGGACAGCUGUGGAGCCAAGAGCCGGGGGAGGGAGUUCCCGAGCCUGGACCCGCGGCCGAGGGAGGUGCGGGCUGCAGGCAGCCCCCAGCCGGACUCAUGGCCUCCGGGGCGUGCUGCGGGGCGCUCCGCGGCUUCCUCUUCGAGUACGACACCCCCCGCAUCGUGCUGAUCAAGAGCCGCAAAGUGGGGCUGGUGAACCGGGCGGUGCAGCUGGCCAUCCUGGCCUACGUGAUCGGCUGGGUCUUUGUGUGGGAAAAGGGCUACCAGGAAACCGACUCUGUGGUCAGUUCUGUUACCACCAAGGUGAAGGGAAUAACCAUGACAAACACUUCGGAGUUGGGACUCCGGAUCUGGGAUGUGGCUGAUUAUGUUAUUCCACCUCAGGGGGAGAAUACGUUAUUCAUCAUGACAAACCUGAUAAUCACACUGAAUCAGACACAAGGCUAUUGUCCUGAGCUUCCAGAUAAGACAACUGUGUGUAAUUCCAGUAAGGACUGUACUGCAGGAUACAUAGGCACUCACAGCAAUGGAGUCCAGACUGGGAAGUGUAGUGAAUACUCCACCUCUGUCAAAACCUGUGAGAUCUAUGCUUGGUGUCCCGUGGAGAAUGACACACAUUUACCUAAGCCGGCUUUCCUAAAGGAUGCUGAGAACUUCACCAUUUUGGUGAAGAACAAUAUCUGGUAUCCCAAGUUCAACUUCACCAGGCGAAAUAUUCUGCCCUCUAUCAGUACCGCUUACCUCAAGACCUGCAUUUACGACCCUAAAACGGAUCCCUUCUGCCCAAUCUUCCGAGUCCAUCGAAUAGUUGAAGCUGCAGGACAGAAUUUUCAAGAGAUGGCUGUUGAGGGUGGAGUAAUGGGGGUGCAGAUCAAUUGGAACUGUGACCUUGACAAACCAGCUUCUUACUGUGUGCCAAAAUACACCUUCCGUCGCCUUGACAACAAGGAUUCUGACCACACGGUCUCACCUGGAUAUAAUUUCAGGUUUGCAAAAUACUACAAGGACACAAAUGGCACUGACUCGCGGACACUAAUUAAGGCUUACGGCAUCCGUUUUGAUAUCAUGGUGUUUGGAAAGGCAGGAAAAUUUGAUAUAAUUCCUACAAUGAUUAACAUUGGCUCUGGGCUAGCACUGUUUGGAGUGGCAACAGUCUUGUGUGACAUCGUGGUUCUGUACUUCAUGAAGAAGAGAUAUUACUACAGAGAGAAGAAAUACAAAUACGUAGAAGAUUAUGAACUGUCCUGACCUGUAACCCCAGCACCUGCCUCUUGUGAGCCGAAGAUGUUGGGAUAAAGACUAAUGCUCAUCUUCCCCAAACCUUUCCACUGGUGACCUAAGUGUGAUCCUGCUCUGAAAAGUGACUUUAAAAAAAAGUUAUUCCUAUUGAUCUGAAUUCACAGGUCAAAGUGUCUGUUUGUAACUGACAUUAGCUUCCUAACUGCCAGCACCAUAAACAAUUCUGGGAUCUAGAUGUGAGGCUGGGCUGUUCCUAGUAUCUCUUGGAGAAUAGAGUGUCUGCCCUCUGCUGCUUCCUUGUCUUCAACAGGAUUUCACCCAAGCUGCUGAGGGCAGGAUUUUUGCCCUGCAGCUGAAAUUUGGUUGGAAAUGCUUAUGCGUGAGCUGAACUCACCUGUGAAAAGCCACAAAUUAAUUAUCUAAUGCACACAGGGAGCAGAUUUCUUGUGGGAAGGUUCCUUUUUUGGCUGACUAGAUCAAGGCAGGAUUCCAAUUCUGGUCUCCAGGAGUGAGCUGCUAGUGCACUACCAUAAACUAGGGUCUGCCCAUUUUGCCCUCUCGGUAAGUGUAAUGAUGGUCUACCCUCUGUCCUUUCUAAAGGGACCCAGUGAGACCUAUGGAACACAAUCAUGACAGCAGUGGUGCUGCAGCAUCAACUGCCCAAUAUGAAGAGCUGCUGUGAAUGUUAUUCUGCUUCAUAGAGAGACAGUAAGAUGAUGAUGCUGCAGGCUUCCCUUCCUGGAACUGGGUUAAUCAAUCUGCAUUCUCCAAGUGGAAAGAGAAACCUCCCUCAUUACUUUAGGACUGACAAACAGUGCAUUCUUGUUCUCUGUCACUGACAAACUGGGGAAAGUUCUGAAGUUACUAGUUGUUUGAAUUCUGGCCACGGUAAACAAAUGUAUGCCAAACUUUCAUGGAAAGCAUCUCAAGAUAAGUAACAGCAGAGUAAGUCUCCCCUUCCCCCUUACUUCCUGUAUCCCCCUAUCCUCUAGAAAGCCCCCUGGAGGGGCUAGCCACCCAAAGCCUACCUCUUUGCUAGGGGCUUAGGCAGUUGGGCCAGGAUGAGUGACAUUAAGUUGGGAAGGGUAGCUGCCCUCCGUUGAGGUUACUUGUUGGUGGGAGAGCCAGGCCCCUCUUAAGAGGUGAGAUCCCUUCCCCAGCUGUGGUGAACGUGGUUGCUAAUCUUCCCCCUCAGGGCUGGAGAGCAUCUAACUUCAGCAUGAUGGCAAUAAAAUGUAUUUCCUUACUGUGAGGGCAAGUCAACAGCUAACCUGCAGGUUACCCCUCAUGUAGCUGAUCUUCAGGAGCCCAGAGUAGGAGAUGAAGUGCUCUCUAGGUCUCCUGCAUUCAAGUAAAUGGCUGAUGCAUUUAUAAAGAGGCUGCUGCUUUUCUGGUCCUCUUAAAAUUCAGUGUUUGUAAUGAAGGAAAAAGACGACAACGGUGAUAGCACUUCACAAUGAGUGGAGAUGCCAAUAUUCCAAACACACACAUUAACUAUAGUGAAUACAUUUUCUUCUAAGUGAUUUGAUAUAAGAGGAGAAUCCAUUCUCGAGUGAACCAAUAAAGCGCUUACAAAGGUA